GUAGGCGGAAGGGGGGGGGCCGCGUGACCGAGAGGAGGAGGUUGACGUGGGAAACCACAUUUCCCAUAAUGCAUCUGACUGGCUCUGUUCCUCCUCUGCUCUGUUUUAAUUCGGUUUGGUUACCAGUGAGCAGAGGCUCCAGGGUGAGUCUGCUGCGGAGGAAGGGGUUUUCACGGAAGUAUUUCAAAUUUCUCUGAUUAGAGGAAGCAACUAAUGCUGAGACACCUGUCCAAAAUGGAAGCUUAGCUGAUUCCUCCACCAUGAAUGCAGAGAGCGCUGGAUCAAAAAAGCAUUCGGUGCUGCCUCCCAUAAUCCCUGAGAGUGAGAAGGAAUUUCUGGAGAGCAUCCAGAGCUACAUCAUUUCAGAAAUCGAGAAAGUCGGCUGUACCGAAGAAGGACCAGCUGAGCAGUAUUAUAUCAUAUACAAAAAUGUGUUUGAAAUGAUAAUUGAGCAUGUUAAUACCUACAAGGGCAUCCUGACUACAAUCAAGCAGGAAUACGAUUCUUUUAUAGAAGCACUCAAAAAGGGCCAGCGAACUGCCUUUUAUCUACAUGGGAAACUUAAAGUUAUUGCCUGUGAACCUUCAACUCUCAUGUAUUAUAGGAAGAGAGUUUCUCAACUGACAGAGAAGAUAAGAACAAUUGAAAACAAUUCUGAAAGAAUGGAGUCCCUCAUACAGAAAAUAAGAACCUUAAGAACGGAAGCAUCAAAAGCAUCUUCAAGCCCAAAGAAGAUCAACCCUGCUAAGCACAUACCAGGUCUCAACCAGAAAGAUUCCCUCGACAUAGAUGCCCUUACUAAGCAUCUUGCUCUUCUACAAAAGAAGGCGAAAGAGCUGAAAGUAGACAUGCUGACCAAAUACAUCCCCCUGGAGAACCUGGAGGGGGUCCAAGUGGAUCUACUGCGGGCUCUGGCCGAGAGAGAGAAAGCCGAAGCAGAGAACGAGAAGCUGAAAUUUUGCUUUUACCGAAUAACGCAGUUCUCAAAUGUCGUAGGAACGUGGGAGAAUACGGACAAGAGCGUUGAGACCCUGCAGAACUUGCUUCUGCAAAUGAUAGAAAAUGAGAAAGAGGCAAAAGGUGCAGUUGCCACCAGCAUCUCAAGUGUAUUUGAGCGUGACCCUUCCAAAAGCAAAGAGGCCGAAGAUCUGAUUGAAUACAUUGAAAGGUUCAAUGAAUUAUUUUCCCGUGGUCAGUAUGAGGCUGCAGCAAUAUUCGCAGUAAACUGUCCAAGAGGAAUCCUCCGGAAUGAAGAAAUCCUGGAGAAAUUUAGAGCCGUCGGCCCCAUUAAAGGGAAGACCCUCCCUCUGCUUAUCUACUGCGAAGGUCUCAUAAACAUAUGCACGGCCGCUAAGUAUCCUCUUUCCGAAUAUUUGACUGCGGAAGCCAUCAAAUGCGCCUUAUCAGAGAGACGGCUAGAUCUGGUGAUGUACUGGGUCACCCAGCUAGACCUGGCAUUCUCGGAGGCAGCUGGUGACGCAAUUUACCAGUAUGUGGACGUGGAUAAGCACCACGUGUCCCAGUGCUACGCCCUGGCUCAGAUUGUCUACUCAAAGUGUGGGGCACACACAAAAGCUGCCCUGUGUUUGUGCAAGCAGGACCAGGUCUUUGGAGCCAUGGACUACCUGCACCAAUUCAAGCACUUCCCCACAGAGGAUUAUAUCUUCUUGAUGAAGAGUUGUCCUAGCGUGCAACUCCUUCGCUGCCUCACUCAGGAGUGGGAUGGGAAACCGGCUGUUCUGUCCCUUGGCACAACACUCCUCACGCUCCUCGGCACAGAACACAAGAUCUACUGCCUACGCCUUUUGGAGGAACUGGCCAAAGACGAAAGAGGGGACUUGGAAAAACUGAUUGUGAGCGAUUCAGACUGUACAGUGGAGGGGUGGAAGAAGAUAGCCGAAAUAUGCCUGGAUAGCAGAAGAGAAAAGUUAUCGAAGCUUCUCAUCUCGAUCCUUGCUGCACAGGAAGGAGUGGUUGAAGUUCCUUUAGAUGAUGAGGAUGCCAAGUUAAUGGAACACGUCUUUUGGUGAUUUCCCUACAAAGCACACAGUGGGAGCUCUUUGUCUUAGGAGUUGUGUUAGCUGCUUGAAUGAGACAUGUAAACUCCUGUUAAUUCUCUUCCUUUUUAAAAACCAUAAAGUAUUUAAUAUGUUUGUGCCUA